ACGUGUAAUGGACUGGACGGGACGCUUCUUCAGGAACAACAACACGGCUACUCUUUCUACCACGUCGGUAGCUUGCUAGCCAACAUAAAACUGAAAGAUUGAUGCUUUAGACCAUGUUUGUGUACAUUAGCUAAUCUCAGUGUUUUAAACACUUUUCUGUUGACGUAUCAACUGGUUAACUUUAACCUAAUUUGCUUGUUCAUUUUGCAAACGUGUUAAAUAUACUGAGGUUAGCACUGGGCUAGUCACUAAUGCUAACUAGCUAGCUAACAUUCCUGACCAUGAGCUCACUAAACUACUCCUACCCUGGUAAAGAAGAGGUCUGAUGUAUGGAGAAAGAAGCUCUGGCGCUGAACAUUGUCUUGGAAGAAGAAGAGCUGGGUGUUAUAGUGAAAGGAGAGAAAGAAACUUUCAGAAUGAAAAAUGAGGGAGAAGAGGUUGUUAUAGUGAAGGAGGAAGAGGAGGCUGUUAUGGUGAAAGAAGAGAAAGAAUCUUUCAGAGAGGAAGAGGAUGCUAUCUCAAUAACGGUGAAGAGAGAGGAGAUCUGCUGUAUGGAGAAAGAAGGUCUGGGAAUGAACAUUUUCGUGGAAGAAGAAGAGGGGGCUGUUAAAGUAAAAGAAGAGAAAGCAUCCUCUUCCUCUCUAAAAGAUUCUAUCUCAGUAAAGGUGAAGGAGGAAGACGUUUUGAGAGUGAAAGAGGAGGAGACAGAAGAUCCGAUUACCACCCGAGAGAGACAUGACUAUGGUGGAUCCUCUGGGGAGCCUCAACAACAUCCUGAUGCUGACGAGACAGAGAAGAGUCUCUCCAGAUCAGAACACCAGAUGGACAACGCUAGCCCUUCCUCUCUCCCGGAGUCCCCGUGUCGUGCCUCUCCCGGUAGCACUUUACUGCUGGGUAUGAAGAGGUUGUCUGUGCUGCUGGUGGACUGCAGGAAAACAACAGGGCUGAGUGGAACUGUAAGAGGAGGAGAAGAGAAGAAAGGAUCAGAUUUGACUCAUCAAAGAGAAAAACCAAACUCGGAGGAACCAGAGAUGUCCAAACCAGCAAGACGACACCUCUGUUCUCAGUGUGGAAAGAGUUUUAGUAAGUUAGGAAGCCUGAAAGCUCAUGAGCGAAUACACACCGGGGAGAAGCCUUACCAUUGCUCCCAUUGUGGAAAGAGUUUUAGCCAGUUAGGAAGCCUGAAAGCUCAUGGCCGAAUACACACAGGGGAGAAGCCUUACCACUGCUCACAUUGUGGAAAGCGUUUUAACCGGUUAGGAAGCCUAAUUGCUCAUGAGCGAAUACACACAGGAGAGAAACCAUACCAUUGCGACCAGUGUGGAAAGAGUUUUAACAAGUUAGAUAACAUGAAAUCUCAUGAGCAAAUACACACAGGGGAUAAGCCUUACCACUGCUCCCAGUGUGGAACUAAGUUUACCAAGUUAGGAAGCCUGAAAAGACAUGAGAGGACACACACCGAAGCGAAGCCUUUCCAUUGCGCCCUGUGUGGAACGAGUUUUAACCAUUUAGGAAACCUGAAAAGACAUGAGAGAAUACACACAGGGGAGAAGCCUUUCCAUUGCGCCCAGUGUGGAAAGAGUUUUAGCUUGUUAGGAAAUCUACAAUCUCAUGAGCGAAUUCACACAGGGGAGAAGCCAUACCAUUGCACCCAUUGUGGAAAGAGUUUUAACCAGUUAGGAAACAUGAAAUAUCAUGAGCGAAAUACACACGGGGGAGAAGCUCAGUGUGGAAAAAGUUUUAUGCAGUUAGGAAAGCUGAAAGCUCAUGAGCAAAUACACACAGGGAGAAGCCUUACAAAUGUCACUUAAAAGGCAUGUGAGAAUCCACAUAGGAGAGAAAAAUAACUUCUAGUGUGUAAACUGAUAUUUCACAUCACAUUGACUUUAAAUUCAUCAGAGAACAUACACAGUGCUCCCGUUGUCUUAUAUUGUUGACCGAUAAUGUGUUUACCUGUUUAUACCAUAUGAAAUUGAAUUCUACAAAGUAUACUCUAAAAUAUAUUUGUAUAUCUUUGUUAGAAAAUAUGAAUUGAAUAUGGAGUGUCAGUUUGAAUAUAGAGUAGAUCAGAUUCCAUUUGUCCAAUGCUCCUUUUUUUAAACUCUGACUAUGUGUGUGUUUAUCUGCUUGUGUCAUUCCUCCAGCACUACAGAUAAUCAAGUGAUAUUUGGAUGUGAUGCAUUUGCUCCAUUGUUUCACAUUUGCAUUGUUUUCCCACUGAUGAUUUAAUGAAAUGAAAAUGUUCACUGACUCACCCACGGAUUAAAUAAAAUAAAUAAAGAAUCUUGGUUUCA